AUGGAUUACGAGCAUGCUGUGGCCCACAUCGACGUCGAUGCGCCUAUACCAGCACAGGACGGCCAUCAUGCAAUCAAGGAGGAUUUGCGUUCGAAUGGAAGCGAGCCGGACGAAGAGACUCUUGCCGAAAAUGAUCAGGAGUCAGAGGAGCUGCGCGCUCAAGCAGCGUCAGACCAGCCUUUGUAUCGGCAAGGAGAGAUAGAAGAGCCAGCUUUGGUUGGACCUGAAAACGAUCUACAAGAGGAAGAAGACGACAUAAGUAGCGAAGAAGAAGCAGAUUAUGACGAGGAUCAGGUCGGAGAUGACUAUGAUAUGAGAAACUAUGCUGAUGUUGAAGAUGAUGAGGAGGGUUUCGAAUCCCAGGAAGAAAACGGACCACAUCCGGAUGAAGAGCUGAUAGAUGAGGACGGAGAAGGGAGCUAUGACGAAGAUGAAGAAGGCAGUUAUGAUGAAGAUGAGGAAGAGGAUGAAGAGGACGAUGAUAGAGGGCCGCAACGUAUGCCUCUCUACUACGCAGCUCCCUCUCGAGGUCCACCUCCUCCUGCGCAAAGUAGCGGUCCCGUGGUCAUUGACCUGAUAUCAGACUCGGAGGAUGAGGAUGACAACAAGCCAACUGCAAUUAACUCCAGGGAUCAAUAUGACACCCCGGCAGGGAUUGGAGCCCGUGUGGAAGGACAUGGAACUUCGCCGACCGCAAACUUCCAACCACAGAGUCAAUCAUUACCCGCCGCCAACGAAACUUCACACGUCAACGCAGACCUGAAGGAAGAAUCACCAUCCUACGAUGUUGAGCCAGAAAGCGGCAGCGAAGCAGAUGAAGAUGCUGAAGGAAGUGGCGCUUCUGGACAGAGCGACCAGGAGUAUGACUCUGCUGAUGGGGACGAACUUGAAGAGGACGAGGAAGAGGCAGAGGAAGACGAGGAGAUCGUCAUUGUCGAGGAGACACGGGUUGAUAUGGAAGCAGAAUUGCUCCCGUCAACGUCCAUUGCCUUGUCAACUGAAGCUGAAGCAUAUGCGCAUCCAGUGACGAAAGAUUCAUCUGAACAUAUCAUCCAAACUUCCACCAGUCCACAGCAUUUUUCGUCACAAAAUGCGACGAUCUCACACGAGGAAACGGGUCAGCAGCAGCAAGACACUGCUGAUGUAGAGCAGGAUAUACUCAUGGCAGAUAGUGCACAGGGUUAUGCGGAUUCCCAAGUCACGGAGCAUCAUCCAGAAGUUCUUCAAGAUGUAGCCAUGGCAGACGGGACUGCAAUGGCUCAGCAGACCGUUGAACUGGGUUUAGAUAUGGCACAGGAGGUACAAGAUGCCAGCUUGAUGAUACGUACUUAUGAUAGGGCACAGGACGAUGAUCAAGUUUUGCCUUCAUCCCCUCCCAUGACGCAGCAAUUUGCGUCACAAGUCAUAUCGAAGGAAGAUUUCAUCCCGACAGACUUCGGAUCAAGUCAGCCGACAAGAGACGAUGAUCGCGAUCAAUUGCCUACACCGAGUGAGACUCAGCUUCCCGACAACCGAGACUCCUCGCCACCUUUGGAAGAAGAGAAAGUUGAGCUGCAAGUGAUAGAUGAGGUGACAACAUCGCCAGAAUACAAUCUACAGCCGCCAGCAGAGAUGGUUCCAGGUCUAAGUGAUAUUGCUGAGGAAGACAUGUCUGUGGUCGAACCAACCCAGCAUGUGGCAAUAUCUGAGCCACAAUACAGCUCCGAAAGCGUCACAUUGGCAGUAAUUGAAGAGCAUCAAGAAGCAACUGCCGCGGACAUGGAAAUGACCGGUGAAAUCAUUCAGUCAGCGAAUGCAAAGGAUGGCCAGGACCAACAAAUGCUUAACGAGGCCCUGGAGAACACAGACGCGGUUGGUGCGAAACAAUCACCGCCUCCUGACGAAGGGGCAAUCCAUGUGUCAAAAGAGAAGACACCUGUGCCAGAAACCCAAUCAACCACAGAGAGCCAUGACUGGUCUGAAAACCCGAAGGGCUUGGCAGCUGCUCCCUCAUCUGUUUCACAGAAGGUAGAGGACCAAGACGCGCGUGAACCUGUAGAAGCCGUACAAGUUCAGACUGAAGGUAAGGCUGAGCAGGACGGACCUGCAGCUGGUACGAGACGGCUUCGGUCACGCGCAGCACCACCACCGCCUGUAGAUCCCAGUAUCCAACUUGCCCGAGCUGCUAUUUCCUCAAAGCGCGGGAAACGGGCAACAGAACAACCUCCUAUCAGUCCCAGAACAACUCGUACUAGGUCUAUGAGUUUUCGGAAAAGCGCCACGCCAGAGGCAGACGACAACAGUGUGCAACUUGCGAGGGCCGCCUUGAAGUCGCCUUCGAAGCGGAAGCAUGAGCCGCUCGCUGAGCAACUCAAGUCUGAUCUGUCUAAGAGACUACCGGUUGAGAUGCCCGACUGCAUAUCUCUCAAGCUUCUGUGGUCCCACCACAACAAGGAGCUCGACGUUGCAGCCGUGGCUACAACGAAGUCAACUGACCCGUCGAGGGCCAAAGGCGGCCCGAGGCAGUACAUCAUGUCAUUCAACGUCACCGAUCCAUCAAUAGCGCCCUCCGAGGUUGUGGAAGUCCACUUCUUCCGCGCGCACAAGGACUUCCUGCCCAUCAUCAAGCCGGGCGAUGCCGUCCUGCUGCGCAACUUCACCGUCACUCCGCUGAAGGACAAAGGCUUCGGACUGCGCAGCCACGACGACUCGAGCUGGGCGGUCUUCGAUAAGAACGACGGCCUGGCCCAGAUCCGCGGGCCGCCGAUCGAGCUCAAUGACGAGGAGGUCGACUACAUGGCCACGCUGAAGAAGUGGUACGCGGCUCUGGACAAAGCGGCUCAGUCGCAGUUGGAAAAAGCAAACCAGAAAUUUGCGGAGGUGAAUCGUGCAAAAUAG